GCCGGCACCGUUUCUCCAGCAUUACGUUUCCAAUUAAUGUUUCACGGUCUUCAAUCUUGAAGUCACACUUUGCAAAACUCGCUUUGUCUGCAGGAUUUUGACGGACAUUUACUGGAGCACUCGCUAUGUGGUUGCCCUGCGUCCUUACGCUGCUGUGUUUCGGCCUGGGAGCGACAGUUGAAUGGAUGGAAUUAUUUGGCAUAAUUGGAUCAUCAAUUUUCCUGAAAACUGAAUACCAAGAAGAUCUCAGCAAGAAUGAAAUAUUAUGGACUUUCAUCUCUGGCGACAAAAGCUCUGUCACUAUUUUGGAUCACAUUCCAGAUAAACCUACAGAGUAUACAAGUGAACAAUUCAAAGACCGUUUAAAAUUCCAUGCAGUUCAUGGAGGUGUGGAGAUAACAACUUUAAAACGUGAAGAUCAAGGCAAUUACACCUUUCGUCUUAAUGGGCAAGAUAAAAUAAUAAUAGGAUUAUUUCUCUAUGAGCAUCAUAAAACAAACAUUUCCUCAUUACCCAUGAGUUCUGUCUCUUUCCCUGGAAUACACAAGGCUGAAAAGUGUUCUGCAAAGGUUAUUAUGUGGAAAAAGAGCAGUGAAAAAAAAAAAAAAGGAAAAAGUCGGGAAACUGUAUUGGAAUUACACACAAAAUCUACUAAAUCAGUCAUAUCACCACAUUACAUGGGUCGACUAAACUUCAAGGAUGAUGCUUCAUUCAUCCUUCACAAUUUAACAUCUGAAGAUGAAGGUGUUUAUGAACUUUGCCUCAACAAAGCCGAAACCAUUGUUCAAACAGUCGUCUUGAAAAUAAUGGGUGUUUCCAGCAAAGACUCUACAAUUAAUAUUGAAUUAUUGGCGCUACUGAUAUUGCCUUUCGCUGUCAUUGUCAUCAUUCUCGUAUGUUUGAGGUCGCAAAUAAAAACAGGUAUCUGUCAAAUAUUCAACAUAAGCAUAAUAAGUAUGUUCACAUUUUUACUUCUUGAUGGAUGUUGAACUUUUUAAAUCAAAAUUGAGUCUAAAUGUAGAUAAAUUGAGGUUGCUAAACUAAAUUCAUCUAGUUCAUAAGUGAUAGGAGCUUCUUUAGAUAUGUAAAAAUGAAAAGAUUAGUGAGGACAAAUGCAGGCCGCUUACAAUCUGAGACGGGUGAAUUUAAAAUGGGAAAUUGGGAAAUGGCAGAACAGUUAAACAAGUACUUUGGUUCUGUCUUCACUAAGGAAGACACAAACAAUCUCCCAGAAAUACUAGGGGACUGAGGAUCUAGUGGGAUGGAGGAACUGAAGGUAAUCCACAUUAGUCGGGAAAUUGUGUUAGGUAAACAGUUGGGACAGAAGGCAGAUAGAUCCCCACGGCCUGAUGGUCUGCAUCACAGAGUACACAAGGAGGUGGCCCUAGAGAUCAUGGAUGCAUUUGUGAUCAUAUUCCACUCUAGACUCUGGAUCAGUUCCUGUGGACUCGAGGGUAGCUAAUGUUAUCCCACUUUUUAAGAAAGGAGGGCGAGAGAAAACGGGGAAAUAUACACCAGUUAGCCUUACAUCGGUAGU